AUGGCCUCUGUAUCGUCCUUGGACAAGGAUUUGCGCAAAUUGCGCCUCGACAAGUACACACCGGCUGCUGCAAAAGAAGUCAGCAGUUGGAUCGAAGGGGUCUUGGGUGAAAGACUACCAGCAGGCGACUUGCUGGAGGGACUGAAGGAUGGCGUUGCACUCUGCAAGUUGAUCAAUCUCGCGGUACCACCACCAGGCGUCAAAUUCAAGAAGUCGGCCAUGCCAUUCGUACAGAUGGAAAACAUCUCUCACUUUCUGCGCGCCUGCAAACAACCUCCUCUCAACCUUCAAGACCACGAUGUCUUCCUGACCGUCGACUUAUUUGAACAAAAAGACCCUGCCCAAGUGCUCCAAUGCCUGGGCGCUUUCAGUCGAGCCGCGAACGCAGCAAACCCAGCCAAGUUCCCGACGGCAAUCGGAAGCCGGAGCCGGGGAGGAGUGAUGAGUCCCCAAGGAACUGGUCGCGGAACCCCAUCGCCGACAAGGUCGCGCGGAUUCUCCAAUGCAUCAGGCUUCGGCUCGCCUCGGCCUACUCUGACCAGCGCCAAGACCGGAGACUCCGGCUCGGGUCGCUGGAGCCCGACUAAACCUACUUCCCCAGUUACCAGCUGGAGCAGAAAGGAACACGAAGGCGCCACGUCUCCCGCUUGGAACAUCGCCCAAUACGGCUAUAUGGGCGGUGCCAGCCAAGGAAACCUAGGAAUCUCAUUUGGCAGUCGGAGGCAGAUCACGAGUGCUGGCCCUGCAGUGCCUAGUUUGGCCGAGAAGGAGCGCAUUCGAAAGGAGAAAGAACUCGAGGAGGAGUAUCAGCGCCAACAGCAACAGCAAGAGGACGCGGAAAGGCGUAAGAAACUGGAGGACGAACGCGAGGCUAUGCGAAAACAAGAAGAAGAGGAAGAACGACUACUGAAAGUGAGGCAAGCGGAAGAGGAUGCCAAAGCGGAGAAGCUUGAGUGGGACAGGCAGGAAAAAGAAUGGCGUGCGAGGGACGAGGAUCGCCGCAAGAAGGAGGCUGAAGCUCAAGCACGCUUGAACGAAGAGCAAAGCCGUCUAAGGAGCAAGAGCGACGCACGACUCCGGGGCCAGUUUCUGAGCCAAUAUCAGUCUGAGCAGGGCAUCAAAGCACAGAAGACUGGAGCCGAUCGGAUUGCUGAACUGGAGAGAGAGCUCGAAGAGGCCAGGGAACGCGAAAGGCAGUAUGAACUUGAACGCCAGGGACGAACGGGCAGGACACUGGCCGUCACCAAAGACCCCAAGGAACGCGUUCGGUCUAGGAGCCGGCCUUCCGAUGGAACCCCUAGCCGUCAAGACUCAUGGUCCAGAAAUGAGCGUGAGGUUCUCCAGACGGCGUGGUCGCAACAUCAAGACUCGCAUCAAGACGACGAACCCCCCGCGCCGCCACCAAGAUCGCCGAGACCUCUCCCCGAUCCGAUGGCGGUCGCUUCGCCUCCUCAAAAGGCUGUAGCGCAUACGACUGGUGGUCGGCCCCUCCCGGAUCCUGCUGCUUAUCAGGCGGCCGCGCGGGCCCCGCCUAGCCGAACUGACAGAUAUCUCAACAACAACGCAGCGCCUGCGCCAUUGGUCGCCAAGCAGACAUACUCACGCGAGCUUGGCGCUACUGCCGAGCAAGAUAGCGAGGACCGUCGGCGUGCUCAAAGUCAGACCAAGACUAAGGCGGGUGGUUGGGCUUCAAAGUCGCUGCUCGAGCGAGAGAUGGAGAUGGAACGUGAACGCCAGCGUGAGUGGGAGGAGUCCCAAAAAGAGACGGCCAAGGCGGUUCCCAGUGGCAACGGAGUUGACGGUAUCGGCGGUGGCAUUGGAGGCCGCUGGGAUGUGAGCCAGUGGGCGGGAUACACUGGGGGAGACAACCAGAAUCGGGGUGCUCAGGGCAUCGGGGCGGGUCGUAGACAGAUUGUCGGGCCCAGGCCGCUGCCCAAUCCUCCUCGGUAA